CAGCUUGCCAUCGGGUCAGUACAUAUCAGCAGCAGAGACACAGAUAGAUGAUUUUGAUGUUACUCUCGUUGGACUGAGGCUCUAAUUGCACCAUGACAAGCUACACUGAUAAAGGGGAGAAGCAUGAAAGGGGGAAAUUUGUCAGGUUUCAUCAUGUCACUUUCUGGGUCGGCAAUGCCAAACAGGCGGCAUCCUUCUACUGUGACAAGAUGGGCUUUGAGCCUCUGGCCUACAAGGGCUUGGAGACUGGCAGCCGAGAGCGAGUCUCCCAUGUCAUCAAGCAAGAUAAGAUCAUAUUUGCAUUUGAAUCUCCUCUCAAUCCUGGAAAUGAAGAGAUGGGAGGUCACUUGAUGAAGCACGGAGAUGGAGCCAAAGACAUCGCCUUCCAAGUGGAGGACUGUGACUACUUAAUUAAGACGGCCAAGCAGCGAGGAGCUGUCAUUGUGAAGGAUCCCUGGGUGGAGGAGGACAUCCACGGGAGGGUCAAGUUUGCUGUGGUGCAGACGUAUGGAGAUACGACACACACAUUUAUUGAGUACCUGGCGCCCUACAAAGGCCUUUUCCUACCUGGCUACAAAGAACCCAUGUUUCGAGAUCCACUCUUAGCCAAACUCCCGCACGUAGGUUUGCGCUUCAUCGAUCACAUAGUUGGAAACCAGCCAGAUGAACAAAUGGUGCCAAUAUCUGACUGGUAUCAGAAGUGCUUGUUGUUCCAUCGGUUCUGGUCCAUAGAUGACAAGCAGAUCCACACGCAGUACAGUUCACUCAGGUCCAUCGUGGUCACCAAUUAUGAAGAAACCAUCAAGAUGCCCAUUAAUGAACCUGCAGUGGGGAAAAAGAAGUCACAAAUACAGGAAUAUGUGGAUUAUAAUGCUGGAGCGGGCGUUCAGCACAUUGCCCUCAAUACAUCAAAUAUCAUUCAAGCUAUUGUGAACCUGCGCGCCCGAGGGAUGGAGUUCCUCUCAGCACCUGACACCUACUACGAAUCCCUAAGGGAGAAACUCAAAGCUGCCAAGAUAAAAGUGAAGGAGGACCUCAACCGCUUGCAGGAACUGAGAAUCUUAGUUGACUUUGAUGACAAGGGUUAUCUCCUCCAAAUCUUCACCAAACCUGUGCAGGAUCGACCCACCCUAUUCUUAGAGGUCAUCCAGAGAAACAACCAUUUUGGAUUUGGAGCAGGAAAUUUCAAGUCCUUAUUUGAGGCGAUUGAAAAAGAUCAAGACGCCAGAGGCAACCUGACCGCGGUGACGCCCGACGGCCAAGUUCAGGCCUUCUACUGAUUCUGCCUAGCGACACAUCUGAGAGGCGAUUAAUAUCUUCCAUAAAGCCAAACAGGAAGUGCUGGCUGUCUCCGAGUGUUUGGUGUGACUGGAUGGCUAAGUAAAGAUAGUCAGCCAUUUUGACACACUUGGAGCACAUCAUGUGUCCUAUAUGUAAAAUAUAUUCCACAUAUAGGACUUGAGUAAAUUCAGCCAUGAAUAAAAAAAAAAAAAAUUAAAAAAAGAGCUGCUGCAAUUUGUGCUUGUUCCCCAAAAUACUGGUGAGAAGAAGCCAAAGCAGGGGUGGCAAAAAUUAAAAGUCAACUUGUAUGACAUCUUUUGAGGAUAUACGUAAUAAUUAUUUCAUCGUCCAACUACUAAAAAAUUUUACCAAAUAAGAAGAUGCUAAUCGACACUAAAGCUAAAGUAAAGCUGGAAUUACAACUCUUUCUAUGGAAACGCAGGAGACACCGAUAUUUCAAAAUAAUUUAUUUGCAUAUAAUUGGAAUGAAGACAGGUUGAUACAUUUGUGAUGGCACUGGUUAUUUUCCAUAAAGAAAAAAGAAAAAAAAGAAUUGGCCUAUACAGAAACCACCCUUUCAAACCUGAACAAAAUGGAUAAAUAUAUUAGUAAAUAAAUAUAUUAGUGACAUGUCACUAUAUUGAAAUGUUCUAUUAUACACUAUUUGUUUUUGUUGUACUCUUUUUGUACACAAGUAUCUAAAACAUACUGACUGAUCCCUUGGUGGUCUGGAGGGAUUUUUUUUUUUGCACUCUAUUUGAAAAGGCAGUGUAAGCUUAAAAUUCUUGCAAAACAUACACAAACAGAAUUGUUUGAAAUUGUGUGCUCUGCCUUUUUGGGCUUAUUUAUACUUUUUUUUUUUUUAUGUCAUAUUGUUUCUGUAUACAUGUGCUUCACCCAAAGUGCUGCUUUUAAUUCAGUCACGUCCACGGAAGAGGAAAAACCUGCCGUAGACAAUAAAAGGCGCAUGAAUCAUUUAGCUAGGGAAUAUUAGUGUCGGACAAUAUUUGUGUUUUUUGCGCCAAAGUUGAUUACCACUUUCAUUUUGCUUCAGUUGAACAAAGGGGGCGGUAUUUA